CUCUUUGCGAGUGGGAGGGGCUAUGAGAGAGCGCGCAUGCGCAGUGCGGCUCCGCCGGGUCUUAGGAUCUCAUUGCGAAAACGGGUGGAUUUGGGAAAAACAGCCGAAGUUUGGCGGAACGCCGCUGUUUGGCCACUAAAGCCGGCGGUUUGUAAGGAAUCAGCGCGCUUCUGGGGAGAGCGGAACUUCCAGAACGAAAAAGAAAGACAACAACAAAAAACAACAACAUCCCAACUUCUGGAAAGCAGCAGAUUUCUCAAAAAGUAACUUUUUCCCCUUAAAAACAAACAAACAAACACAAACAAACCAAAAGCAGCGAGCGAGGCGUUGCCUCCUUUUCUGCCCGUAUUUUCCGUUUCCCCAUGGCGGAGGGGCUCUGGGCAUCGCCUCCACCCGGCAAUGGCUCCGACUGCCCCGACGGCGCCCGCUGGGUGCUGCGGCUGCUGGGCGAGUGCGCACGGGACGGGCGCGAUGUGGGCAGCGCGCUGCUGGGGCUGAUCUCCAUCGGCUGCUUCGCUGCUGCCGCGCUGCCGCAGUUCUACCAAGCCUGCAAGACAGGCAUCAUGGACCGGGCGCUCUCCAUCUACUUCCUGCUGGGCUGGCUUGGUGGAGACCUCCUGAACCUCAUCGGCUCCUUCCUGGCAAACCAGCUGCCCCUGCAGGUGUACACCGCUGUGUACUACGUGCUGGCAGACCUGGUGAUGCUUUCCCUGUAUGGUUAUUAUAAAGCCAAGAACUGGAGUGCAGGAGCCACAGUUUCCAUCAACGCCGCCUGCAUCUUCUCCCUGCUGGGAACAGCCACGACCCUCACGGUGCUGAGCCACGACGCAGGCCCAGCCCUCAAUCCUGCGGCCUUCAGAGGGAGAUCUCUGCUCUCCUUGGGCCCGGAGGGGCCUGGCCCUGAGCCCAUCAGCAAGACUGAGAUCGUCGGCUUCACCAUUGGCUCCGUCUCCUCUGUGCUGUACCUCUGCUCCCGGCUCCCCCAGAUCUACACCAACUACCGGAGGAAAUCCACGGCCGGUGUCUCCUUCCUGCUCUUUGCCCUGGUGAUGCUGGGGAACUUGCUGUACGGCACCAGUGUGCUGCUGAAGAACCCGGAGCCAGGGCAGAGCGAAGGUGACUACAUCCUGCAUCACCUGCCCUGGCUCAUCGGCAGCCUGGGUGUCCUCUCCCUGGAUGUCAUCAUCUCGUUCCAGUUCCUCGCCUAUCGCACAGGACGGCCCAGCGCUGGUGAGGAGCGCGAGGCACUGCUUGCUGAGCACGGUGACAGCUGACAGGGUGACCGCAGAGCUCCUGGUCCUGUCCUCUUCUCUGCGUGGUGCUGGGGAGAGGGGGAUGCAGGGCAGAGAUGGAUUGGUGCUGCUGAGACGUUCUGCCUGGCCUGGUGGCACGCACUGCUGCUGUGAGACCUCGAGCCCCUCUGAUACCAGCGGUGGAUCAAUGAGAAAGCAAUCAGAUACCUCAGGAGGUCGCCUUUCCCUGUGCUGAGCCCUGCAGAGGGCGUGGGGUGGCCAACCAUCACUGUGUGGUUGCUGCCUUUGGACUUUUGGAAGAUGGGGCAGCGACUGGAACCCCUUGGAACAAGGAAAGGAAGGUGCAGGGCAGCCAAAGCGUUUCACGUUAUUGGUACGGCUCAGACUUCCAUAAAACAUUGCCCCACGUGCCUUUGUGUUCUGUUGGUUCAUGUGUCAGUUCCUUGCCUCUUAAUUGUUCUCAUUAGUCCCCAUUUCCAUGAAACGCUUGGACUCUUCAUCUUGUCUCACCCCUGUUUUGUUCAUAUGGGAUUUGGGAGAAGCUGGUCUGUUGUCCUGGUGCGAGACAGGAGCGUGCAGGGAGGAGGUUCAGCACUCUCAAACUCCAGGAGCAAGGAGGUCAAGUGCUGGGAAGCAACCAGCACUGAAUGCAGCCCUCUUGGCAUUGCCAACACAGCCCUGUUACAGCAGGGCUGAAAGGAAACCAGCACAGCUUGUCCCACACAUGGGAACUUUCCUACACUUUCCAUUCGCUCGUCUUUUUCUUCCCCUUUUUUCACUCUCCAGCUUUCCUACCACCACGCCGCUCGCCCUGCCUGCCCUCUCAAGGAAGGCACAGAGCCUGGAUGCUACGUGGGACUGCUUGACACCACUGCAACAGCAGUUAAUUAAAACCACAGCAGCCCGUGGUUGGAGCUCACCCCUUUGUUUCCAGACUCCUCGACCUUCCUGAAACAGAGUGGUGAGUUUUUCUCCUCUGUUCCAUGGCAGUUUCCCCAGCAGGGCUCGCUUUCCUCUUGCCUCCCUCCAGCUGCUCUCCUGGCCAAGCACGGGUUAGCAAAGGCUUUCUUAAAGCUGGAAGAACCUCAACCUAAGGAGAUAUAAAAACAAAAGUCAUUCACCCAGUGUAACCAAAGCACAAGUCGUGGGGCACCCAGCUCUCUGCAUCUGGCAGCGGGUGGAAGCACACAGUGCAGAGCAGCCCAAUGAGGGUCCUGCUGAGGUUCUGGUCCCUCUGAGGCUGUGAUGCAGCCCUGUUCCCAAACGAAUGUGCUAUUUCCCAUUUUGGGAAGAGUUUGGGUGUCACGUUGAAAUGGCAAAGGCACAGCUAUAAACCAACUUGUCCCAAAAUCCAAACAAAACUCAGCAGCAGGCUUAGGCCAGCAGAAGCUGCAGAUACCCACGCUGGUAGGUGAUGCUGCUGUGAGCCUAGAAAGGAAUGAAUGGCUGCAGCUCAGCCCUCUCAACCUGCUCAGUGAAGGGACACAUCCCUGCACAGGGGCCACAGGGAGCCUGGAUGCCACAAGUAUGUUAAGCCCAUGGGGGCUCAGUUUCAUUUGUGGCUCGAGUGCAGGCAGGUGGCUUUGGAGGAGGUGAAGAAGUCCCAAAAACAAACACGCACAGAUGUGAGCUGUAAUUGGGUCUCAGGAGCAGAACGCUGCCUCUCCCCCACCCGGCUCACACGCUGCUGUUAAGCUUCAGGAGUUCCCAUGAGCUUAUCUCCAACUUCACAAAACAGGGAACAACGCUCACAAACCACACACAAAGCAGAGGAGCAGCUCUUAAAGAGCAUCAUCAUCAGAACCGCCUCACCUGAACCCACCGAGCAGCCCUGGCCCCAAACACCCCUUCCUCCUCUGCCUGCAACAAACCAGUCCCCCCAGCAAAGCGCCCUCAUCCUGCUCUCAGUGCAUCAGCUGGAUGCUAACGCAGCAGGGCGACCCAGCCUACAGCAAUCCUGCUCAGAACAAACGCAUUUCAGCUUUUUAACCUCUUAAAGCCACGUAACACAGCAGCUGUUUGCGUUACAGCUGGGCUUGGUGCUCCCAAGCACACAUCUACCAUCCAGAAGCAUUCACAGAACCAACGCCGAGCACCGCAGCAGGAAGGAAGGAAGGAAAGAAGGACGACACCGACUGCACACACUGCUUCCUGGGAUUUGUUUUUAUUUUCAUUUUUUUAGUCUUUUUUUUUUUUUUUUCCUUUUUUUUUUUUUAGUAUGGAGGCUCAAGUAUCAGAUGUAGAUUCAAUUUAAGCUUUACAAAAAAAAAAAAAAAAGAAAAAUCAAAACAAAACAAAACAA